UCACGUUUACGAUACCUACCGGUGAAUCUUUCUUGAAUUUUUGUGUUUUUACUUAGAAAAACAAAUUUAAAAAAUGGCGGCGGCUAUGCCUAUCAACCCCAAACCUUUCCUAAACAGCCUUACUGGAAAGGCUGUGCUUGUAAAAUUAAAGUGGGGUCACGAGUACAAAGGCCUGCUUGUAUCUGCUGAUGGGUACAUGAAUUUACAACUGGCUAACACGGAAGAAAUCAUCGAUGGUUCUUGCACAGGUAACCUUGGAGAAGUACUGAUCAGGUGUAAUAAUGUUUUAUACGUCAGAGGAGCUGAAGAGGAGGAUGAGGAAGGGGAAAUGAAAGAAUAGUAGAUUAGAAUUAUUAGCAAUUAGCAAACAAGUCGAGUUGAAGAAUGAAACCAAUUAUUUUGAAAACUAAUAUUUCAGUGUAACUUUCCUACAUAUUUUUGUAUUAAAGGUAAUUCCAGGUUGAUCCUAACACUACAUUAGUAAAUCAGCUACAAGUCAACAAAUCUUAUGUUGAAAUAAGAUACUAAUGUAAAGCAGAGUUCUGUAAUUAUAAGAUAGACUUAAUUAUUUUUAAGGGAUGAUAGUGAUUUUACACUAAGCAUAAGAAUUAAAGUAAUUUUUAAAA